AUGGAUGAGGUAAAGGAGGCUCUGAGACACAUAGAGCAGAACUACAAGCUCUUCCUGCAGCAGCAGUUUACAUUCAUCAGAGCACUGCAACACACCCGAGAGAAUGCGUACGACACAAUCAGACCUGUGGCCAGCAUCAGUCAGGUACAGUCCUACAUGGACCAUUACUGUAACAAUUCCACAGACUGGCGUAUCCUCAACAUGUUCCUAAACAUCUGCAAUGAUCUAAGCAAGCUCUGCCACAAGCUGGAAACCAUCUAUUCUAGUGACAACAUAACCAAUAGCAUUUUGGAGAGAUGUAAGCUGCUCCUUAGCCACAGCAAUGAUCUGAGCAGCAUCCGAGCUAGAUAUCCCCAUGAUACUGUGAAUCACCUGAGCUGUGAUGAAGCAAAGAAUCAUUAUGGAGGUGUGGUGAGCCUCAUCCCUAUCGUUCUAGACUGCAUGAAGGAAUGGGUAGCCCACACUGAGAAGCUGCCACAGCAAGUGCUAUAUAAUGUGAGUGGUGGAAGUGCUGUCUCUGAGAAGAGGGCACCCCAGGAUACACCAGCUAACACACCCAUUUUCCACAUCCCAUCUUCUGUGCAACUUGAACCUCAGACCUCAAUUAGGAACAAAGAUAACGUACCAGUGCAGGGGAGUAAGCGUGUCUGGAAGAAGCACCUCAAUGGCACAGAAAAUCACAGGGGGAAAUGUAAAGGUCCCUGGAAGCCACCGGGGAGACAUGCCUUUUAAAGGAUCAAAGUUCUUACAUCUUCUGCUCACCACCUU